AUGGUUUGCGACUACCAAAAGAGCCGUAACAGCAAGGAGUCCAGUAUUGGAGGUGAAAUCAACAGCUGUAUGGUAAACACCAGUGAAUAUAAAGAACUUUCCAGACUAAAUGUUUCCUGCAGGACAUCAAAUGCCACCAAGAUGCACCCGGAUUACUUCCUGCUGAUGGGAAUCCCAGGUCUGGAGAGCUAUUAUCUGCUGCUCUCCAUUCUAAUCUGCAUCAUAUACAUCCUGGCUCUCAUGGGAAACGUUAUCUUGUUCUAUGUCAUUGCCGGAACCAGCAGCCUUCACCAGCCCAUGUAUAUUUUCCUCUCCAUGCUGGCAGCCUGUGACGUCAUCCUGAGCUCUUCUUCUGCGCCAAAGACCCUCUGCAUUUUCUGGUUCAAUGCACAUGCAAUCUCCUUUGAUGGGUGUCUCACACAGAUAUUCUUCAUUCACUUUAUCUGUAUGACCGAGUCAGGGAUCCUGCUCUCCAUGGCGUAUGACAGAUACAUCGCCAUCUGCUUCCCUCUGACAUACGUCACAACGCUCACUGCACCUUUUAUAAGAGCAGUCACAUCUAUUUCUGUGGCUAGGAGCCUCAUUCUUAUAACCACAAUCAUUCUACUCCUCAGGAGGCUGCCAUACCAGCAGAGCAAUGUCAUAGAGCACACAUACUGCGAACAUAUGGGGAUGGCCCGGCUGGCUACGGCAGACAUACUGGCUAAUGUUGUGUAUGGCUUGGCUAUUAUCAUUCUUACCUCUGUAAUAGACCUAGUGCUUAUUGGGAUGUCCUAUUAUUCCAUUGUACGGGCCGUAUUCAGACUCUCCUCUGUGCACGCUCGCCAUAAGACGUUCAGUACCUGCGUGUCCCACAUCUGUGUGAUAACCUUGCUCUACGUUCCGGCCUUCUUCUCAUUCAUAAUGACACACAGGACCUCCCACAGCAGCAUCCCAUCAUACGUCUAUAUACUGUUGGCCAAUAUCUAUGUCAUCGUCCCUCCCAUGAUGAACCCAUUAAUUUAUGGUAUUAGGACAAAGGAAAUUAAACAAAGGUUAGUACGUUCUGUGCGAAGCAAGGUCGUAGCUAUAAGUCUUGAAAACAUGUUAUUAGUCUCUGUGUGUUUAGACUUCUUCUGA